UUAAAGGUUUUCUGGUCAUAUAACAUAAAAGGAUCAUAAGGAGUGCAAAAACUGCUAAAAUGACUCAGAAAAAAGGAAAAACUGUGUGUUUAUUUGUGCUUUUUGCGGUUUAUUUCUGCAGUAACCCACAGUGUGAUAGUGUCUCCUGCUGACAGACGCUGUCCUGGCAGCGUGGGCACGUAUCAGAUGAUAAGGUGGACUAAAGCCUAUAAAUACGGCCGCAGAGUCUCCGGUGAGCUCAACUCUGCUGCUGCACCACCUGAGGAUCUCCGUCCGCCUCAGACCUCCUGCCUCUCUUUAUUUCACUCAUGCGGGAAGAAGCGCCGCCAAACGACACAUUUUUCUUGCUCUCAGGCAUGAAUUAAUCCUCGAUCUGUUAGGAGGGGGAAAAAAUGUCGCUUCCCUGCGCGUAAAAUGCCGCGCUUUGUGCGUCCUGGCGCGGACGACUCCUUGGAAAAUGUGCGGUGUCAGUCGCGUUUGCUUCACGCCCCGCUGCUGUGGGUCGGUGCUGAGCAGGAGUGGCAUCUCGGCGACAAAAUCUGGAUGAAAGAGCGUCCUUUAGAGCUCAGGCAUGCAUCGAGUAGUGAGAUCAUUAGCGUUAUAAAUAUCCCCGUGCCAGCAGAACCGCUCCAGCUCCUGCAGCCGGGGUAAUGCCCAGGAGCGCUGCGCACCGGGACCUCGGGAGCGACACGAAAAUGCUCCAAGUGGCCUAGCGGGUGGAAAGAGUGUCCCUUUUUGGAAGAAUGAAUGUUCCUCUCUGCGUUCUGACCUUCGCUCACUUGAUCCUCGCCGCCGCCGGACCAGCAGCAGCAGCACAGCGCGUCUCCUUGGAGCGCCAACUUCUGGAGGAGGGGAUCCGCUCCGGACGCAGGACUUGCAGGCUCUACUGUCGGGUUGGCAUCGGCUUCCACCUCCAGAUCCAUCCCGACGGCAGAGUGAACGGCAGCCAUGAGCCCAACCAGCUGAGUGUCCUGGAGCUCUUUGCGGUUUCUCAGGGGGUCAUCGGCAUCAAAGGGGUCUACAGCAACAGAUUCCUGGCCAUGAAUAAAAGAGGACGGCUCCACGCCACCGAAUGGUUCACAGAAGACUGCAAGUUCAGGGAACGUUUCCAGGAGAACAGCUACAACACUUACGCCUCAGUAAUCCACAUGAACCACAGGACUGGUCGCGAGUGGUUCGUGGCCCUCAACAAACGAGGAAAAGCCAAAAUGGGCUCCAGCCCGCGGGUCAAAUCCCAGCACGUCUCCACGCACUUCCUGCCCAGAGUCGGCCUCCACGACAAGAGCGAGCGAGGCUUCACCAUCACGGACAAAAGCAAAGAGAGGAGGAAAACCCCACCGCCACCGCCACCAGCAGCCGCCAAAUCUGCCCCGGUGAAGGCAAACGUCCACGCAGGAACAGUGCCGAGACGGACGCAAGUCAAGUACUGGCCCAAGUACAGGUUUGGCUAGGCAUAGAAGUAAAGGACAACAUACUGACAGUGGUCGUUUAUCACGUUCAAGUCAUUCCAGGUAUCUAUGAAGAGAGUAAAAAAACCUCAAAGGGCUGCCAGGUACAACUAUCGGACUUUUCUUUCCUGAAGCUGUGAUGGUAGUUGGGAGUUUCCAGUUGAGUUGUUGAGGCUCCGUUCUGUUUUAUGUUUUCACUUGUGCACAUGGUUUGUUAAAGCUGAAAUCCAUAACCACCUGCAGGUUUCUGACAGUAAAGCUGCUACCAAUAAUGUCCUGAUCUGAUCUCUUAAAAAACAAACAAAAAAUCUGAAUAAUGAUCAACUGACGCUACAGAUUGAGUAUCAAAUUGAGUUUAGUCGAUGGACACAUGAUUAAGACUGUAAAAGAUAUUCUAUUCGAUUCUGGCUUGUCUGAAAUACAUUAGCUCUGGUUGGAGAUCAUUAAGCAUCUCAUAAGUGUAUAUCAUGGUACCCAUCGCUAGCAAACCCCCCAAAAUGGUCACUGUCUUGCUCCCUAGACAUAAGAUAAGGGGCUAAAUUAUUAUUAUUGUCCAUUAUUAUGGACAAGAUAAAUAAAAAGGGGUUUGUUUUUUGUUCACUUUUUUUGCAAAAAAAUAUGUUUUUCUUCAGGUUUCUAACAGUAAAGCUCCUCUCUGGUUGCUGAUUUAACAAGUAACGCCCUGAUACUUAAAAUAAGUUGGCUAAUGAUAAUUGUAUUAGAUAAAUCUUACUUUUUUUCACCUUCCAGAUGUAAAUUUCAUUUCUGCUACUCUUUUUCAUAUUUUUUGAAGCACCAAAUUGAAAUGAGUUAAGCAAUAAUGUUUUUCGCACAUAAAAGUGCUUUUUGCCAUAAACUGAUAAAAGCAAUCAUGCCUUUGUGUCCUAGUUUCCUCAACAUAACACAGCCAUAGCGAACACUGAACUAUGUGUCAGUUCUGAGAAACGCAGAGAGAUUUUUUAAUAGUUGAUGUGGAAGUUCAACGACGUCAGGAGAGGAUGACGAGGCAGAGAGAUGCACUGGAGACUCAAAUGACUUAAGUUGCGAGUAAGCUUGAUUGAUAUCAGGAGAAAUGACACAGACAGAGCAGCAGUACUUUGUCACUUCAGAAUAAACGAUAUCUAACUUGGACCAGAGCAGAGAAUCCUAGCAUAUCUUCCUCCGACAACAUCUGGCUGUCGGAAGAUAAUCAAGGAUGAUGAUCGAAACUGAACAUUAUUUUCUGCAAGGAAUGCUUCAGAUUACGAUGGAUGCCAGUCAUAAAUGACCCUUAUUUUGUAAAUUGGAAGUUAAUUUAAAGUAAAGCCGUGUGCUUAUUUAAAGACUUUUUGAUGAAUUUAAUUUCACUGUAGCACGCGUUUUGGAAUGGGGCAAUUAAACAGUUGAUUAAUGUUUUAGUUCUCGCCUAAAAUUCAGCGGGAGGUACUAAUUAUAACUGCAAAACUCCAUUUUUAUUGUCAUCCAGAAAGGCAUUUCAGAUGCAGAUUACAAAAACACGAUAUUAAAGCAAAAAACAGGUUAUGGGUUUCAGCUUUAAACACUGAAAAAUCAUCAUUUUUUCACCAAUAUGUAUGCUGCCCCUGUUGGUUAAAUCACAACCAGGGUGAUAAAUUUGACUGUGAGGAACGAUUUUUUUAGCCUCGUUCGAGACAUGAAAACCUCUCUCCGUCUUGGAAAGUGAAUCAAACAUGCCUCCUGCCUAAACACACACACCGACCAACUGUCCCUCUCCUAACACCAGAUUUGUGAUAAUCAACAAGAAAACGAGGGCAGCUUCCCCGGAGACUGCCUCCUCCCCCUCCUCCCGGACAGCUGUGAGGGAUCAAGGAGAAAACUGUCCGUCAAAACUAUCAUUUUAGCGACCGGCUGUCCCGAGUCACGACCUCGCGGCAUUCCGGCCAGGAGGAGCGCUCACCGCCGUCACCAAGGGGAUAAAGAUGCCGAGAAAGAGGCUGUAGGUGUAUCAGAUGGCAAACAGCCGUGGAGUGGAGGCGCAAAGGGACGUCUCAGGGGGAAGAAGAAGACGACGGGGGUUUGGAUGUAAAGAACCCAGAAUGAGCAGUCUGAGAACCUGGAUUAUUAUUUAAAUGCCGUUUUUAAUUUAACUGUUUGACCUACUUGAGCUCUGGUGUACAUUUUGCAGAAGCAUUUCAAAGGAAAUCUACGUCCUGACUUUACUUUGGCCACAAUCCACUGUCAAAACCUGGAUAUUAACCUGCUAAAAAUGAUUCAAGCACACAUUUUAAACACAUAUUUACAUCGCAAUGGUAAAAAGUGUGACUUACAAGGGUUUUUAGGGUUGCGAAUAUUGCAGAAUUUUCUCACGUAUUUUCAAAAAUAUUGCAGCAUAUUUUAAAAUACAAUCUAUUUCAGACAAAAAUGCAUCCAAAUUACUAGGAUUGGCCCGAAUAGUGGUUUCUGGCUUCCGAAUAUUCGGGCCCUAUUCAAGACGAAUAUCCGAAUAUUCGUUCUGCCCUGUAACUUCCGGCUUGGGGGGGUGAGGGGGAGUGGAGGAGACGGCCCGAAUAUUCGGAUCCGAUCGUCUGGUCUCCCGAGUCCAAAUAUUUGGGCGGGCGAAUAUUCGGAUACCAAAAUUAUUAUCCGGAUACGUAACAAACGAAUAUUCGGAUAUUUAGGUCCAGCCCUACAAAUUACUUUACAAAUGUGUUUCGUUUGGUGCAAGAUGAUAAAAACAGGCAUUAUGAAGGAGUUCUAUCAUCCAAAUUACUUCCUUUUCUAUUAGAAUAUUUCCCUUUUUCUACAUGUCACUGUGCAAAUAAUCUGUUUUCACAUAUUACAAGCAGAAUAGCCAAUGAGAUCCGGAAGCUGCAGCCUAGCUAAGAUUUUAAUAAAAUAAUCCCCCCAAAAAAGUUUUUGGUGUCAAAUUUGGCAGUACCAGUCAAUGUUGGUCAGGUUAUGCAUUAAAAACAAAUUCAGAUUUUGGUUUUAAGGGCUGUGCAAACCUUGAUUUGAGGCUCAUCGAUCCAUUAUAGCUUCAGAAUAAUCAAAAUGAGCUACAGUUAUAACAGAAAAUAACAGUCUGGUUGUCUGUGCUACAAGCAGAACAGCCAUUGAGAUCAAGAAAGCCAAGCCAGCUAAGAGUCAGCAAUGCAUAAAAUAAUCUUAAAAAAAUAUAGUUUUUGGUGUCAAGAUUGGCCGUACCACUCACUUUUGAUCAGGUUAUGCCUUAAAAACAAGUCAGAUCUUAGUUUUAAGCCUGUUCUGACCUUGAUUUGGUGAACAUUCAUCCAUUAAAGCUGCAGAAUAAUCAAAAUGAUCCGCAGUUGUAAUAGAAAAUAUUCUGUUUGACUGUGCUAAUAACCAAUAAACCAGUGAGAACAGUUAGAUACAGGCUAGUCAAGAGUCAGUAACGCACAACAUCAUGUAGGAAGUAGAGCUUGAGGCAAUACUACUUAUUAUUGGUCAGGUUUUGUCCUAAUAAAAAUGUGUCCAGAUCUCAGUUUUUAGCUUAACUUGGUGCACACACACCCUUUAGACCUGCAGAGAAUCUAAAUUUGCUGUAGUUAUAAUGAAAAAUUGUUAGAAAAUCUACUUCUUGAACCACUUUUAACUGCAAUUUAUCAAAUAAACAGGCUGAAAACAAAGGCUUGUUGGUGAGAAUUAGAAGAUAAAAAUCAUAUUGAAAACAUUUGAAUUACAUGUAAGGUUAAUACACAGGUUUAGACAGUGGAAAACCCAGUGUUUCUGCCUUUUUUCAGAAAGAGCAUGUAGCAAACUAAUGAAAUAUCCUUCACACUGUAUUUUCAUUUUGCAGUUGACGCCUCUAUAAACUGUAGAUUUCUUGAUGCCGUUUUACGGUCUUCCGUGUCGCCAUCUGUGGUCCUCAUACACAUCCCAAAGAAAGAUUUUUUGUACCAGAUUUUGUUUUCUUUUAUAGAAGGUAUGUAUGACAAAAGAGUUUUUAUGUAAUAAGAAUAUUACAAAAUAAAUAUAUCAGUGGGUA